ACCUUUUUAUUAUAUAAAUCAUCCUCCUUAACUGUCGCUUUACGUACCAAAAUAUAUCUCUCAACUCUCUAUUUUCAAUCUUAAGUCUCUUCUCUUUCUUUUCUAAAGAUUUCCCAUUCGAGUUUCCGACUUGACUCGCUGAGUUGAAUCAUGACUUCCGAAGCUGUUGUUGAUGUCGCCGUGUCGGUGCCGGAGAAGGCAACCAAGGCCUCGAAGCCCAAGAAAGCUGUGGCGGCGAAGAAAGCCAAAUCGACCGCUUCUCAUCCUCCAUUCGCCGAGAUGAUUACCGAAGCGAUUGUGUCUCUAAAGGAAAGAUCUGGUUCAAGCCAAUAUGCUAUUACGAAAUUCAUCGAGGAGAAACAUAACCAAUUACCUCAGAGUUUCAAGAAGUUGGUUCUUUCAAACCUGAAGAAGCUUGUUGCUGCUGAAAAGCUCGUGAAGGUCAAGGGCUCCUUCAAGGUUUCAUCUGCCAAAUCCGCCACGCCUAAAGCUUCUGCACCGGCGAAGAAGCCCGCUGCUCCGAAGUCAAAGGCUGCCAAGCCUAAGUCUAAAGCAGCUGCGGCCAAGCCAAAGGCCAAAACCGCCGCCAAGCCAAAAGCAGCCAAGGUUGUCGCAAAACCAAAGACUGUUGCAAAGCCAAAAGCCGCUACGAAACCCAAACCAAAGGCCAAAGCCAAGCCAGCGGCUAAGCCUGUUAAAGCCGGAGCCCGAUCAUCGACUAGAACGGCACCGUCAAAGGCAGCCAAGCCAGUAGCUAAGGCAAAGAAAGCCGUCCCUGUGAAGAAGCCAAAGAGCGUUAAGAAGUCUCCGGCGAAGAAAGCUAAGAAGUGAGAAGCGUCAUUAAUGGUGGACGAUAGAAUUUGAAUUAUGUAGGGGAUUUUAUUGUGGUUGUCUUUGUAAAUUAGUUGCUUAUUCGUGUUUAGUAAUAUAAUAUUUAGUUUUUUAAUUUUAGAUACACGAGAUGUAUGUCUCUUUUUCUUUGUUUUUUUUUGUUUUUUAAUUGUUUUCGUUUAGAUUUAGGUGUGUAAUUUGAAACAGUAUUUUGAAGUAUAAACUAAUCCGGUUUAACGCUUCACCAGUCA